CGUGCGUUCCUAACAGGGGACAGCAGAGCCUCAUAGGAAAUGUAGUGUCACCUUCCAAUGAUGUUACCAUCAAGGACCUUGGGAACCAGCUUUUCUCUCUGCGCAUGCGCCGCCCCGCCCACUUCGCCAUUUUCCUCCGGAAGUGCGGAUCCCAGCGGCGGUCCUGUAGCUGAGCAGGCCUGGGUCUUGGUUCUAUGUCCCUGUGGCUAUGUUUCCAGUGUCCUCUGGGUGUUUCCAAGAGCAACAAGAAACGAAUAAAUCUCUGCGCUUCCACCCCUGAGACCUGGACCAAGUUCACGCAGGACAAUCUGUGCCGCGCCCAGCGCGAGCGCCUGGACUCGGCCAACCUGUGGGUGCUGGUGGACUGCAGCCUUCGCGACACCUCCGAGGACAUGGGACUCCAGUGUGACGCCGUGAACCUGGUCUUCGGGCGCCGCUGUGAGGAGCUGGAGGACGCGCGGCACAAGCUGCAGCACCACCUGCACAAAAUGGGGUACCCUCAACCCCGAAGACGGCUCCCGCUCCUGCCCACCACUGUGCCCCCUCUCAUCACCUGGCAUGGGCCCUCAACACCUUUCUCCUCUGUCCCACUUAUCCCGAAGGACCCCAGAAGCAAGUGUCACCUCUCCGAAAACCUAUGUAAAACCUGCUGACACUGGGUAUGAUCGCAGGGUGUUGCAAACCCCAUGACUGAGCAGGAGGAGCUGUGGGAAGGAUGGAGGCGGGAGGUGGUCUGGGGAGCAUUGACCGCCCGGGAGGUCCCCAAGAGUCCUGGCCUGGCAGGCAGGGCUCUGACUCUAGGGCCUCAGCGUGGCCUUUACCACCUCUGAGUCCCCAGUCCUUGAGCAGGAUUUAGGUCCUGGUGACCACCAAGGAUGGGGGUUCUUGGAAGAGAGCUAAGAAAAAACAGGCUGCCUGACUCUCCAGAGCCCGCUGGGGGCCCCGGUCUCUCUCCUGUCUUCACCCUCAGCCCUCAGGGACUCUCCUGUGUGUCCCAGCUACUCUCCAACCAUGCCCAGAUUUCAGCCAGAGUCAGUUCCAGGCACCCAGGUAUCACCACCAAACUCAGCAGUUUCGCUGAGUUACUCCCCAGUCUCUCUCAUGUCUUCACCCCCAGUCCCCUGGGACUCUCCUGUCUGUCCCAGCUACUCUCCCACCACGCCCAGAUUUCAGCGGGAGUCAGCCUCCCACACUCCGGAAUCACCUACAGACUCACAGACUUCACUGAGGUCCUCCCUGGUCUCUCUCAGGUCUUUGCCCUCAGCCCACAGGGACUCUUGUGUCUCUUUCAGCUACUCUCAAAACUUCGCUAGAUUCCAGCUGGAGUCAGUUCCAGGCACCCACGAUACACCACCGAACUCACGAAUUUCACUGACUUACUCCCCAGUCUCCCUCAUGUUCUCACCCCCAGCCCUCAGGGACUCUUCUGUCUCUCUCAGCUACUCUCCGACCAUCUCCAGAUUUCACCUGGAGUCAGCUUCCCGCACCCAGGAAUCACCUACAAACUCACGGACCUUACUGCAACCCUCCCCCAUUUCUUUCACCUCUUCACCCCCUGCCUUCAGGGACUCUCCUGUGUCUCCCAGCUUCUCUCCAGCCUUCCCCAGAUUUCUGCCACAGUCAGCCCCAGGCACCCAGGACAACCCUAGACACUCACAGGCCUCACGAGACUAUCUCCCUAUGACCUGUACCUACACAGCAAUGGCUCCCACGCAUCCCUCAGUGACCCCAAACCCAUCUCCACUUACACUCAGACACUCCCAGGGCCUGACAGCUACUCCCCGUUAUUGUCCUUCAGUUCGAAGCCCUGGCCAAUCUACUAGCCCACAUGACGCAGUUACCUGGCCAUUUCUCCACGGUUCCCGUGAGGGCCCCACACCCAGCCGCACAAGAGCCCCUCCUGCAUUCCGUCCUCACACGCAGGCCUGUCCAUCUACUUGCUACUGUCACACUCUUGCCAGCAGAAGAGGCCCCUGUAAUGGCCGAUAUCACCACCCAGUCUAUCCUCACCCCAUAGCUGUGCAGCGGGACCCUCCUGCUGGCCCACGUGGCUGCCAGAGCCCAUGCUGGCAAGACGCUCCAGCAGGUCGGCGUCCCUGCGGGCCACACUACCGGUGACAUGGCUAGCAUGACCCUCCUUCCUGGCAGUGACACUGUUGAUGUGAACCCCAGUUUCACAUCUGUCAUUUGUAAAUAGGACCAUUUUCCCUUUUCGCUCUCCCUUCCAUUCACAGGGCUUUUCAUUCUCUCUGUUUCUGCCUGCGUUUCAGAUAUUUACUCACCUUUUUCUCUCUCACUAUGUCUGCCGUGGUCUCCAUGAGAGUGCGCCACAUAAGAUUCCGCCAUUAAAAGUCAUGAAUUGAAUGGCUUUUAGUAUACCUGUGGUUGUGCACAUUCAAUUUUAAUUCGCAAUCCGUUGUAGAACGUCUUAUCACCCCUGACCAGAGAAAAACCCUAUAGACAGUCACUCCUCAUUCUGUCUCAAACCCUCUCCCUGACCCUCAGCCCUAGGUAGCAACUACCUAGUGCGAUCAAUCCCAUAUGCAUAGAUUUCCAUAUUGUGGACAUUUCCUAUAAAAGGAAUUGCACAAUAGGUGAGCUGUUAGGACUGACAUAACACGUAGCACAAUAUUUUCAAGAUUCAUCCACAUUGUAGGCUUACCCACAGGGGGAAACCAUUUUUUGGGGGGGUUUUAGUAACACCGGUGUUUUCUCCUUCCUUUCGUCCUUCUUUCCUUCCUUCCUUCCUCUUAUUUCUCUCUUACUCCUUCUGCCCUCUCUCUUUCAUAUGCCUUAGGUGCAUCCCACAUUCUGCGUUUCUUUGGGGAAAUCCUCGACAGGUGCAGGAAAAUUGUGUUAUUGUAACUAUUUACCGCUAUCUCUCUUUCACGGCUCUCCAUCAGUUGUGAACAUCUAUUGGUUUAUCCCAAGUCACUAAGCAUAUUUUUAUUAGGUACACCUGUUUUUCCUUAUACAGCUGUUUCUGGAGUAUAAGGUCGCAUACUCAUAAACCCAGUGUAACUCAGAAACGCAUCUAAUAUUCCAAUAAAACCGUCAUAACGUUGAAAAAUCAUAAAUCAAACCAUCAUAAGUCACAGUUUUUCCGUGGAUAUGGGCGCAUCAAUUCCAAUUUAUUCAGUAAUGCUGUACACCAUUAACAAUGGCAGACUGAUUGGGAGUGGAUAUUGAUAGCAUUAUAAAAGUCAGUCAUUAGAGGGCUACUUCUUUAACCUGACUGAAGAACUGAUCUAAUGACUUUAGUACAGUGCAUGAUUAUGUGAGAUGUUUUGAGACAGAAUAGUACAUUUGUGAAUGAAAUUUUAUGGCUUUUUUUCAAUUAGUAGGAACCAUUGUGUGUGGAAAAGUGAGAAAAUUGCUUUCUGCUGUAGAGUCUGGCAUUCAUUGUAGAUUUAAGCUUAUUUUUCUGUGAGCAAAUCUUAUUCAAUAAAAUACUACUCUUUAUACUAAAAAACAAAAA